UUGCCAAAGCGUACCGAGAUAAACGAUGCUACAGAUUAAAUCCUACUGGUAUUUAAAGGCCACUUUGGUGCUCCAAGGUUUCAGUGUGCGAAGUGUAGCAAGGUUAAAUCGACAAUGUGGACGAGUCUAAUUAUAUCACUGCUCCUGGUUCACUGCCUGCUUGCUGUGCCAGCUCCUGCACCAAAGGAUCUGGACGCGGGAUCCUGGAGUGCGGAUGAGGCGUGUCGGGAAGCGGGUAAAUCGGGGAUGAUUGCGAACCAGAAUGACUCCACAUGCGCCACCUACAUCUAUUGCUAUGUAGUCAAUGACUCAACGAUGGCACUAAUUAAAAGUUGCAAGAGCGGGCAAUUCUUUGAUGCCGAUCGCAAAUUCUGCAGUAUCAGCAAGCCAGCGGGAUGUGUGUAAAAUGUGG